GCUCAACAGCAGGCACCGCGUCAUCUGGCAAAGACAGUGGGCACCAAGUCACCAGGCACGACAGUGGGCUCUGAGUCAAUUGGCACGACAGCGGGCACGGGUCAUCAGGUACCGGAUUGUCUGGCUCGACAGCGGGCAUGGGUGUCACCAGGUAUGACAGCGGGCAAUAGGUCACCAGGCAUCAGGUCAUUUGGCUUGCCAGCGGGUCACCGCGUCAUCUGGCAAGGCAGUGGGCACCGGGUCACCAGGCAUUGGAUCGUCUGGCUCGACAGCGGGCAUCGUGGUCACCAGGCAUCAGGUCAUUUGGCUCGCCAGCGGGCACCGCGUCAUCUGGCAAGGCAGUGUGGGCACCAAGUCACACCAGGUACGACAGCAGGCUCUGAGUCAAUUGGCACGACAGCGGGCACCGGAUCAGGUACCGGAUCAUCUGGAUCAACAGCGGGCAUCGAGUCAACUGGC